AUGUAUAGGCUAAAUGCCCAGCGCCGGGCUCACCCGGCCCCGUGCAGAGCUCGGAACCGGCGACCCGGCCCUGCCUCUGGGGCUGGCGGCGGGGCCCCGGUGCCGCGUUCUGGGGCUCGGCCCGGGACGGUUUCAGGGCUCAGAGCCGAGCCCGAACCCCGCGUUCGGGGCCGCGGGCAGAGCCCAGCCCCGCGCCUCGGGCUCGGCACGGGACCCUGGGGGCGGCACCGGCAGAGCCCCGGCUCCCCGCGGCCGCAGCGGGACAGCGCCCGGGGCCCCGAGCCCCGCGCCGGCCGCAGCCAGUGCAGGACACCGAGCGACGUGACCCCCUCUGCUUCCCCAACCCCCUCCCCAGGACCCCCUCCUCCGGAGGGGGGCCUCCCUCCCUCCCCCCCCCCCAUCCUAAACCCCCCCCAGGACCCCCUCCUAAUGAGGGGGCCCAUCCUCAACCCCCCGGGACCCCCAACCCUCGCUAACCCGCCCCAGCCCCGGACCCCUCCUGAGGAGAGCCCGCCCUGGCCCCAGUGUGAUGCAGGCACAGCCGGCAGCCCGGCAGUGUGGGGCGGUGUUGGCAUCUGCAAGGGGGCACCCGCAAGAGCAGGCCCCGACCCUUUUGAACCAAGGGGCGCCGGCUCCGGCCCUCUGGGCUUUAUUGUGCGGCGCCCCGAACCCCGCGGCUGCGGGGAAACAGCGAGGGCGGAAAGGGGACAGAGAGAGAGAAGACAGGGAGGCAGAGGGCAGCAAGAGUGGAGGUCAGGAGGGGACACAGGGACACACAGGCCAUGGGGAAAUAGAGAGGGCAGAGGGAGGCAGAAGACAGCAAGAGCAGAGGUCAGGAGGCCGGGUCAGGAGAGGCAGAGGAGGUGCAAGGGCAAUGAGAAAGAGGAACAGAAGCGGGGUCGGCGUUUGCAGGGGAGCGGAGGAGGGAGGUGCAGCCCGCGGAGCCCCGUCACCCUCCGUGUCCCGGCCCCGCGUUCCCGUCCCGCUCCGUCGGGCCCGGGGCCGCCGAACGGGCGCGGCGGCUCCGCGCUGCACCGCGGCAAGGCUGGAGAGCCCCGGCCGGGGUCGCCCCCGCACCGUGCGCCCCGGCCCGCCGUGCCCGCACUGCGGUGCCCGAGCACGGAGACACCGCGGCUCCCGCAGCGCCUCCUGCCCCCGGCUCCUCCCCGCCCGCCCCGGGAUCGGCCCCGGCGCCUCCGGCGUCCGAAACCACGGCGGGGCCGGGACUGA